AGCUUUUGAAGGAGGGCGAGGCCUCCGCCGCCUCGAGUGAAUAAAAAGAGGCCGGCGAUGUUCGACACAGCAUCACAAACUCCAGACCUCAGAGAGAUUCUGAAACCUUCACAGGCAUCUGCGCAGACACAGAGAUGCGUGUCCCUUUCCUCUUUAUUCUGGGCAUCUGCCUGGUGCCCGCUCACUCUAAGCCUUCAGAUGGAUUCCCUGGCAGUCCUUACCUUCAGCAGUGCUUUAAGGAGGCCAAGAAAAUUGUUGAUGACGCGUACAAAUACUCCAGAGAAGAGAGUCUAAGGCGAGUCCGCAGAGAGGUGGUGAGUCCUCAUGAUGCCCUUCGUCUCCUGAAGCAGCCUCGUGGCGACACCCGCCAAGCUGUGAGAUCUGCAGACUACAUGGCACAAACCCUCCGUCUGCUGCACGACAGGGUGCACCGUGUGCACAAACGCUCGCUCAACGCAACAGAUUUGAUCACUGAAGAACAGCUGAUAACACUUGAAAGUAUCAGUGGAUGUGCAGCUCGAAUCCGUCGUCCUGAUUGCCGCACCACUCCAAAUCUGAACAAGUACCGCACAGUGACCAGCGUCUGCAACAACCUACAAAAUCCUCGCCAAGGAGCCUCCAACACCCCCUUCACCCGCUGGCUGGAUGCUCAGUAUGACGACGGUGUCUCUGAACCGAAAGGAUUCCGAAACGGAACGUUCAACAACUUCCUGCUCCCACUGGUGCGUCAGGUGUCCAACAACAUCCUCGCAACAACAGAUGCAGGCGUGGUCAACGACACCGAGUUCACCCACAUGGUGACCCUGUUCGGGCAGUGGAACGACCACGACCUCACCUUCACCCCCUUCUCGCCCAGCAUCAGAUCCUUCAGCAACGGUGUGAACUGUGCCGAGGAAUGUGAAAACACCGAGCCGUGCAUCCCCAUCCCGAUUCCCCCCGGUGACCCUCGCCUGUCCAACGAAAAAUGCAUCCCAUCCUUCAGAUCCGCCCCUGCUUGUGGAACCGGAUUCUCGGCCUACAAUUUUGGCGGCGAGCCCAACAGGAGGGAGCAGAUCAAUGCUCUGACGGCCUUCCUGGACCUCAGCCAGGUGUACGGCUCUGAGGAUAAGCUGGCCCUGUACCUUCGCAACCUGACUGACGACGGCGGCCUGCUGCGCGUCAACACAGAGUUCAGAGACAACGGCUUCGAGCUGCUGCCUUUCCACCCCAUGAAGUCGGAAAUGUGUGCUACUCGUGGGAGAGUCACCAACGACACCAACGCCAGGGAGGUUCCUUGCUUCAUUGCAGGUGACGAACGCGUGGACGAGAACAUCGCUCUGACGUCUCUUCACACGCUGUUCAUGCGUGAACACAACCGUCUGGCUCGUGAGCUGAAGACACUGAACCCACACUGGGACAGUGAGACGCUCUACCAAGAGGCCCGAAAGAUCAUGGGUGCUUACACACAGGUGUUUGUGUUCAGAGACUACCUGCCUCACAUUGUGGGUGAUGUUGCGAUGCGCAGAGUGCUCGGCCGUUACCCCGGCUACAACCCCAACGUCGACCCCAGCAUCUCCAACGUCUUUGCAACAGCAGCCUACCGCUUCGCCCACUUGGCCAUCCAGCCAGUCUUAGGCCGUCUGGAUGCAAACUACAGGGAGAACUCUCAGUUCCCCAGCGUCCCCCUGUUCAAGGCCUUCUUCAGUCCCUGGAGAAUUGUCUUUGAGGGUGGAAUUGAACCUCUGCUGCGUGGUCUGAUCGGCCGUCCUGCUAAGCUCAACACCCAGGAUCACAUGUUGGUGAACGCUCUGAGAGAGAGGCUGUUCCAGUUCGUGGAGCAUCUGGCUUUGGAUCUGGGCGCUCUCAACAUGCAGAGAGGACGAGACCACGGCAUCCCUGGCUACAACGCCUGGCGAAAGUUCUGUAACCUGUCUCAGCCCAGGAACGAGGCCGAGCUGGGCCAGGUUCUGGGCAACAGGGACCUGGCUCGCAGGCUGCUGGAGCUCUACGGGACCCCCGACAACAUCGACAUCUGGCUGGGAGGUGUAGCCGAGCCGUUUGUCAAGGGCGGCCGGGUGGGACCGCUGUUCUCCUGCCUCAUCGCAGGCCAGUUCCAGAAGAUCCGUCAGGGUGACAGGCUGUGGUACCAGAACCCAGGCGUCUUCACCCCGAGGCAGCGAGCCGCUCUGAACCUCUCCCGUUUGUCCAGGAUCAUCUGCGAUAACACCGGCAUCAAGUCCGUCCCCAGAGACGCCUUCAGCGUCAUCUCCAGCAGGAACCGCCUCGUCCGAUGCUCCUCACUUCCUCGCCUGAACCUGUCGGCCUGGAGGGAGAGGCCCUGCUUUGGCGGCUGUAAAGCGGAAGUCAGUGAAGGAGAGGAUGCAAACCAGGAGGACACUAUGACUUCUCAGGAGAACGAGAUUCCGGAUCUGGACCAAUUGGACUACGAGGACGUCGAGGGCCAAGAGGACCCCCAGGACCUAGAGGACAACGAGGUCCUCGAGGUCGUGUAGGACCCCGCGGCCUCAGAGGCCCUCCUGGACCAGCAUUCAACAUCAGUGCCAUUCAGACCCAGUCCGCUUUCAUGGUCCGCCUGGGCGACAGCAACACAUCUUCAGAGCGAAUCAUUCAUUUCCGUCAGGUCGUCUACAAC